AUAGGCAUGUGCAUAGGGACAGGAGUAAGCACUUCAUCAUCUGAAUUCACAUGAUGGUACAAAAACUGUAGAUAUUUGAAUGACAUCGUUGUCAUCCAUUGUCAUGCCAAAAAUUUAAUUAUUAUUAUUAUUAUUAUUAUUAUAUAAUAUAUAAUAAUGUGUACAUGUUGCAGAUACAUCAGAAUGACACUAGCCACAAAGUCUACACUCCUCUUCCAACUUUUACAUCAUUGUGAACAUACUGAAAACUUUAUGAGGUCUUACUACUUAUUGGGUCCCAUUUGCUGCACAAUUUGGAUGCCAUUUACAAUUGACCACAGCAUCAUGAUGACUGAUGACUGUAUAACAACAGACAUAGUAGUGGCAUGUGACAGAAGCAUCUGAGGCAAGUGUACAUCAUCAGGCACAGCAUUGUUGCAGGGGUUUAUGCAAUAAAAUAUUCAUUUCACUUGUAAAUUGUCCACCACUCAAUAUUUACCAUCAUGAUCAUUCAUAUGAUUUCCUUUUAUAAAUCAUUGGUUGUUUGGAUCAGCGAUUUCAGUUAAAUGUAUCAUAUAGCAGAUGAACAUGUGAUAUGUAAAUGGUAUGGUCAUUUUUUGAUUUGAAAACCUUUAGCAUUGAUUAUUGGAACACAAAAUUAGUUUGGUAAGCUCAUUGACCCCUGACCUACAAACACAGGUGAAUCCAGUUAUGAGAAAGAGUUAAGGAGCCAAUUGCAAGUUUUUCUCUCUUUUCUCUUUUCUCAUCUUCUCUGAAGAGCGGCAACAUGGGAGCCUCAAAACAAAACUCUCAAAUGACCUGAAAACAAAGAUUGUUCAACAUCAUGGUUUAGAGGAAGGAUUCAAAAAGCUCAAUAAUCUCAGAGAUUUCAGCUGCAGUUUCCACUGUGAGGAACAGAGUGAGGAAAUGGAAGAACCACAGACACAGUUCUAGUUAAGGUCUAAAGUGGCAGACAAAGAUAUUACCUAAUAUUGUGUGUUUCGUGCUGUUAGAUGUUAUAAUAUGCAAAAAAAUAUUUAAAAUAAUAAUUACUCAGGGUUAGGCCCUGUGUAUACUGCACUGUACUUUAUUGUAUUGUACUGUACUGUACUGUAAUGUACUCUAUUGUACUGUGCAACCUGACGACGAAAAUCUGGCAUCACAACAUCGGGGGCGACUGACGCGUUACCAUGGCAACGUCAACACUGGAGUGAAGGGAGUGAUUAAACAGAGCAAACAUUUGUUUAUUCAGACUUAUAUAAUUAUAAACACUUACUGACUAGUUUUCGACAAAUUAAAAAUAAAAAAAUGUCAUAAAUCCAUGGAUAUUUUGAAGCUUUUCAAUUUAAUUUGAAUCUCCCUUUUCUUUUUUCUGUUUGUUUGUUUAGGUUUGUUUGUGUUUUAGCUGUUUUAUACUCAGGGUUAGGUCCUGUGUGUACUGCACUGUACUUCAGUGUAAUGUAAUGUACUGUACUGUAAUGUACUGUACUGUACUGUAUUGUAUUGUACUGUAUUGUACUGUACUGCGCCCCCUGACGACGAAAAUCUGGCAUCACAACAUCGGGGGCGACUGACGCAUUACCAUGGCAACGUCAACACUGGAGUGAAGGGAGUUAUUAAACAGAGCUCCACAUUAACUAUAGCAACACUUUUACUCAGAGAGGGUUAACUAACGAGAUAACUACAUAAUCAUAGAUAUUAUAAACCUAUAUAUUAAUAAGUUUUCUAGUUUAUCUGUUUUUAUUUUGUUUUUAAAAGUAGCUUACUAUAAAGUAGCUUAGUUAGCCAGCGUAAGCAUAGAGUUAGAGAACUAGAGAACUAGUUAUUUACCUUAGUGGAUAAACAAACACAGCUAGCUAAGCUAGUUAACUAUUUAACCUACCUCCAGGUUAACACAGACCAACACUAACCCUUAAUUUGACCACAAGGAGAGAUUUAUUGUAAAUUUAAUUAUAAUUGUAGAUAAAUUGUAUAUACACAAAACGAAAUUUGUUAAAAAGUUACCCUCAUUCCAAACCUAUAAUGUUAUUUUUCAGACUUAUAUAAUUAUAUACACUUACUGACUAACUAUAAAUAAAUCCAUAGAUAUUUUGAACCUUUUCAAUUUAACAAUCAGUUACUGUACUGUAGUGUACUGUACUGCGCCCCUGGCGAAAAUCUGGCAUCACAACAUCGGGGGCGACUGACGCGUUACCAUUGGCAACGUCAACACUGGAGUGAACGGUGUCAUUAAACACUAAACACUUUUUUAAGAUAGGAUUGGCUAACUAGAUAACUACCUAAUUGUAAGUAUUAUGAACUUAUAUUUUUAAUAAACUAGCUAGUUUAUCAGUUUUUAUCGUUUUUUAUAUAAAAUAGGUUAGUUAGCCAGCGUUAGCAUAGCAAACUAGUUAAUUACCUCAGUGGAUAAACAAACACAGCUAAGUUAGCUAAGCUAGCUAAAUACUUAACCUAGCUCCAGACUAACACUACAGAGUUUUUAACAUGGAUUUUGGGAGCAAACUGGAAGAGCUGGAGCUCACAACUGACGAAAUAACCCGUUUAAACAAAGCCCUAAAAGACGAGAAGUUCCGUGAGCUGCUACGAGAAUAUACAGAGGAGAUAUCAGACCCGGAGAACAGGAGGAGAUACGAGGAGGAGAUCACGCAGCUGGAGCAGGAGAGAGGCGUGGACGCGCGGUUCGUCCACCCCACGCCGCACCACGUCCUGAAAACGAGUCUAAACGGGCAGGAGAAGUGCUUUAUUAACGUCUGCUCCAACGACCUGCUUAACCAGCCGAGCUGUAAACCCGGCCGGGGGGAGGACGGCAGGCUGGGUCAGCACUGGUCGCUUCCUUACAGCCUGGCACCAGGGAGGUCUGACCGAGAUGCCAAGGGGAAGAAGUGCACGGUUUACGACGUGGUUUUUCACCCAGACACACUGCACAUAGCUGGGAAGAACACCAGGUUUAUGGAGCUGGUCAACAGCACUGCUUUCCAGGCAGUGGAAGAAGGGUGCGGAGUCAAACUGGACAAAAUUAAUGCAAAGACCCUCAAAAUGCAAUACAAAGGGGUGCCUCAGCCAGCUGUCAUACGUAAGCCUAUUCCAGGUCACCCAGGAGAAAAAGAAAAGAAAGAUAAGGCCUUACCUGAUGAGAUACCUGAACUUUGCCUACCCAUUUCCAAACCAGAUACUGCUCUGAAAAAGAAUAAUACAGCAGCAUCCACUGCUGAGUCUUCAUCAAAAGCCCAACACCACCCUACAGAACCUCACUACACUGUAAAAUACAGAUCACAUGUAGAUCUGCAGGACUACAGCUGUUCCAGGGAUUCUGUGCCAAGCCCACAACCCAAUCGACCCAACAAGAUUAUCAUCACUAUUGAUUUGCCACUCCUCAGAUCCGCUGGAGACAUUGACCUAAAUGUGACCGAAAGAAGCCUGGUCUUGGAGUCUCAAAAGCCGGACUAUAAACUGGACCUACAGUUGUCCUAUCCAGUGGACAGCGACAAAGGAGACGCCAAAUUCACCAAAGCUAAAAAACAGCUCACAAUAACCUUACCUGUGCUGCCAGCCAAGACCCCAGCUGUGGUUUAUGCUGAGGGAAAGCAGCUUGUAAGUGAUGCAGAGCAGAGAGAUGAGAAGGAAGACAAGGGUGUAGAUAAUCUUGAGUGGAAUAAAGGGGUAUCUAAAGCACAAGAAGAAGCUAAUGAUGAACAGAACCAUACAAACCUCUGUGAUUCAGGUAGUAGUGAUGUUGAUUGGUAUAGAGAUGCUCCAAUUGUGUUAGAGAUGGUGCAAGAUGAAGAAAGAGAAUCACACUGUGGUCCCUCAUCACAGUCAUGCAAAGCAGCAGAUGCACCUCUCACCUGUGAAGGAACUGACACUGAGACAUCCAGACCAGAGGAGAACCACCAAAAUGACAAAAUAGAAGAUUGCUUACUCUCUGGACCUAAAUGUUGCACCUCAGAGAUAGAGAUGCCCUCAAAUCAUCACACUAAAGAAGAUACUGACAGAUGCAGUUUCGGAAAGGAGGAGACGUAUCGCUCAGAUGCUGAAUCUACUACAACACCUGCUGUUGCUGCACUUGAAAAUGGAAAACCUGUACCAGCUGCAGAAGCAGAUGUUUCCCUUCAACAUAACAUCAUGGUAGCACAGCCACAAAUUCUUCACACUGUAUCAAAUUCUGGUAAGGAAUACCCUGAUAUUCCAAAUGACUCCAACAGCUCACUCCAAGAGCCCACUGGAAAAUCCAUGGCCAAUCAGAGCUCUACACUUGAGGAGGAUAACAUGGAAGCUGAAAAGACUGUAAUGCAGUCGAAAGAGCAAGAGAUGAACUGUUCUCCUGAACACAUCAGCCCACAACUAGAACACAGAGACAUCAAGUGUGCUCCUCUUAUAGAGGAAAUCAAUCUGCCACUAAAGGAGCGAGCGGACAGUGAUCUUUACUCACCUGGUCAGACCCCUGCCAUCCUGAGAGAGAGAAACCCUGAAGAUGACAGUGAAGUUGUGAUUAAUAAUCACAGUACAUCAGCAGCACUCUCCUUCCAGAAUUCUCUUUGGUUUGAAUUGGACUGAUAUUUUGAUCAAAUUCUUACCUUAACAUAUGCCUGGCCUUAAAAAUGAGUGAAAAAUAACACUUGGUUAUCAUGUAUUUCUUAAACUGUUGGUUUGCUAACACCUCUAUACUUGCGUUUUCAUAAACAUGCUAAGAAGUAAAAAAAAAUGUCUGUAUGCUCAAUAAAUACCUAGUUUAUAAAAUCUCUCA